GAACCCUGUUGAUUUUAAACAAGACAGACACUUUUUGCCAAUUUACAACCAAUCUCUUAGCAAGAACAAGGACCCUAUUGAUGUUAAGCAAGACAAAAUGGCUGUGCUGGGUGAGGUCAAAAGUCGUAUCACGUGCAAAUAUUCAACCACUCUUCAAUAAGCUACGUCAGAGCAGGAACUCUAUUGAUUUUAAACAUCCAUCAAAGGUCCCGUUGGUGAGUAAAGACACAUUAAAGGUCCUAACAGCGCACCUGAUUGACUUUUCAGGCUCCGUCCAUGCGUGAAGUCCACGGUCAUGGUCUGCCUCCCGUAGAGGAUCGCAAAGGCGGGACCAGGACGGACGGCAGGACUCGGACCCAGCGAGAGGUCCCGGCGUAUGAUGGCCAAGAACGUCCAAACUUCCGCGGGCGCCCCUUGCUGCUUCCUCUGCUCCUUCCUGUUCAAAGAGGCACGCAGGUGAGCUGUCGAAGCGACACCAGUGGGAAACAGUCCACGGUGCUUGGAGGACAACAGGUUCAGCGAAAGAAACCUUGGGAGGUUCUGUUGGACCCUUUGGACGAGCGCCCCCCGCCGCCACUGGGAGUACUGCGCUGCAUCGAAGGACAUAAAGGUCCCGGCAGGCAGAGCUCUCUGGCCUUCUUCCAGACCCGACCGGCUGACCUGCAGGCUUCCUGCGGCGCGGUGCGAGGAUUGCUGCCGCUGGAGCUCAGAGAUUUGCAGAACGGCCGAGCCGUAGGUAGCGUCCUUCUCGGUCCAGACGGGGAAAUUAUUCAACUUUCCUUGUUUGAUCAUUACCGGGAGCAACCACAGGGCGGCGCCAACGCAGAAGAGCGAGUCCUGCAAGUGUUGUCUGCAGAUGGUGAGACGUUGCCUUGCGUCGUCAUGCUGCGGCACGAGCACACACACACUGGUGUGGAUCUGAAGUUAGAAGCACUUUCCGGCGAUGAGUAUUGUCACGACGCUAACGCUAGUUUAGAUCUUCACAAGUCGGCAGCGUGGGUUGUGAGACGACCCGACACGACUGCAGAGAGCACACAGUCGGCGGAAGAAACGUGGAGUGAGGACCAAAACAACGCUGGAUUAUCUCCGCCUGAGGAACGACUGGAGGAGUCACUAGGGGGCAGCACUGAGAAGGAACACCUGACCUCAUCUAGACAGUUUGGAUGUGACGUUAAUAGUACUACCUCCAGCCAGCGGGGUGUUAGUGAGACACCAGGAGAGGAGGAAGCCGUGGGACUGAGGAAGAACGCCGAGAGGAAAACCAGCCUGGAAGCUGCAGUGACAUCAGGGGAAAAAGAGGAGGAAACAGCCAGGGCAGAAGAAGAAGGACACAUUCAACCCAGGAAGAAGAAAGAUGGACAUUCGAUGGAGCCAGAGAAAGAAAAACGUGACGCUCACCCGAAGGGUGACGACGGGAACGAGAAGUACGCCCGGGAACCUUCUACUCCACAUCCUCCUCUGCAGAAGAAGAAGAGCCGUGAUUGGGAAGCAGCCAGCAGAGAGACAAGGCAAACAAAGAAGGAGAAAGAAGGGAAGAUGAUUCAGAAGAAAAAGUCCACUGGAAGGCAAAGACGGAAGGCAAAGCUCCAACUCAAAGAACUGGAAUCUCAUGCUAGCGUUCCCUCACAUGAAGAACAAGCGGAAGAUCAGGAGAAAGAGGAAGUGACAACCAAGCAGGAAACAAAAGAAGAUCCUUACUUAAAAUCACCUGGAAGUCCUUCUGAAAAACCAGAAGUGAAAACGGAAUCCUUGGUAGAAGAAGAAGACCCGGAUGGUCAGUCCGGGGGAAACCCACGCAGCAGCGGUGGUAUCCUCAGGUCGCCUCCAUCUUCAUCCUCGGGCCGCCAUGCCAGGAGCUCGCCGAGGUCUUCCUGUGAGGGGAGUGUGGGGGGGCUCACGUCUUCUCACGGGGCCCUGUCAUCGUCGUGCUCUACCGUCAUGGCGACGGACGAGCAGCUGAUGUUAAACCUGGUGAAGACGGAGGCCUCCAGAAGGAACCAGGAGCAGGAAGAGGAGGCCCGCCGUUUGGCCGACAAGGCUGAGGGACGUAAACGAGAGGCGGAGAGGAGGGCGAGGGAGCGAGAGGAGGAAGAGAGGAAGCAGCAGGAGGAGAGGAAGCGGACGCAAGAAAGGAUGAUAGGGGAGCUGGAGGAGGAGAGGAGGAAGAGGGCAGAAGAGCUCAGACUGAGGAGGCUGGUGGAGGAGGAGGAGAGGAAGCAGCAGGAGGAGAGGAAGCGAACGCAAGAAAGGAUGAGAGGGGAGCUGGAGGAGGAGAGGAGGAAGAGGGCAGAAGAGCUCAGACUGAGGAGGCUGGUGGAGGAGGAGGAGAGGAAGCAGCAGGAGGAGAGGAAGCGAACGCAAGAAAGGAUGAGAGGGGAGCUGGAGGAGGAGAGGAGGAAGAGGGCAGAAGAUCUCAGACUGAGGAGGCUGGCGGAGGAGGAGGAGAGGAAGCGUGGCAAGGAGGAAGAGCAACAACGAGGCAGGCGGGAGGAAGCGGAGCGACAGAGGAUGAGGAGGCAGCAGGAGGAGCGCAGGCGGCAGAUGGAGAGAUUGCAGAAGAUGAGAGAGGAGGAGGAAGAGAAGAGGAAAGUCCUCACCUCAAACACAAUGGUCCCGGCGGAGGAGGAGCGCUCGCACCUGCAGGAGACGGACAAGAGCAGGAGAGCAGAGUGUCAGGGGAACGAGGAGCGCUCACACCUGCAGGAGACGGACGAGAGCAGGAGAGCAGAGUGUCAGAGGAACGAGGAGCAGGAGCCCCAGAAGGACGAUGAAACGUGGAAAGCCAAGGAGGAGUCCAGGCUAGAGGCGGAGCUACUUGCCAGGGAGGUGGCGCUGUUGCAGCAGCAGAUGGCCUUCAAAAGGAGUGUGGCGGUAGAGGCUGAGAGAAUGCAACACAGCCAGGACAUCUCCAGGCCUUGGGUCUACUCCUACUUCACCUGGCUGCAGCUGAUGGACCUCGACCACGCCCACACUGACACCUCCUGACACAGUAGCACUUGUUAUGACCUUUGAAUAAAAUCAUCACUGUUUGGAGGAGAAA